AUGACCAACAUGAGCUGGAGCUUUCUGACGAGGCUGUUGGAGGAGAUCCACAACCAUUCGACCUUCGUGGGCAAGGUUUGGCUGACCGUGUUGAUCGUCUUCCGGAUCGUGCUGACCGCGGUCGGUGGCGAGUCCAUCUACUCGGACGAACAGAGCAAAUUUACCUGCAACACCCGCCAGCCGGGCUGUGACAACGUGUGCUACGACGCCUUUGCCCCUCUCUCCCACGUCCGCUUCUGGGUCUUCCAGAUCGUGGUCAUCUCUACGCCGUCCGUCAUGUAUCUCGGCUACGCCAUCCACCGUCUGGCGAGAGCCUCGGAGGAGGAGAGGCGUCGGGCCAGGCGCUGGCGUCAGGGGGGUCGCGCUGGCCGCAGGCGUCCCCAGAGAAGGAGGCCCCCGCCUAUGGCCCACCCGGGCUGGGCGGACACCCCAAACGGCGGAGAGGAGGAGCCCAUGAUCGGCCUUGGGGCUGGCAUGGGGGAAGAAGAGGAGGCUGGAGAUGGAAGCAGGGAGGACAGAGAGCAAGAAGAAGAAGAAAAGGAGGCCCUGGCAGGAGAGAAAGGCAAGGGGUCUCCCGAGGCCGGGCCCGCCAACCAGAAGCACGACGGGAGGCGAAGGAUCCAGCAGGAGGGCCUGAUGAAGAUCUACGUGUUCCAGCUGUUGGCUCGGGCCUCUUUCGAGAUCUGCUUCCUGGUCGGGCAGUACCUCCUGUACGGCUUCGAGGUGCAGCCUUUCUUCCGCUGCAGCCGCGAUCCCUGCCCUCACACGGUUGACUGCUUUGUGUCUCGGCCCACCGAGAAGACCGUCUUCCUCCUGGUGAUGUACGUGGUCAGCUGCCUUUGCCUCAUCCUUAAUCUCUGUGAGAUGGCCCACCUGGGCCUGGGCAGCUUGCAGGACGCCGUGCGGAGCCGCAGGGUCGGGGGACGGGACCAGGGUUCGGCCGGCUACCCUUCACCCCCGCCCGUGCCUCGGCAGCUACCCCACGGCUACCUGUACUCCCGCAACAUCUCCUGCCCUCCCGAGUACAACAUGGUGGUUAGGACUGAGAGGGCAGCGGCCGCCGGGCGGCUCAUGCCCGGAGGCCUCCUGGCCCACGAGCAGAACCUGGCCAAUGGGGCCCUGCAGGAGCUGCAAGAGCUCCAGGGUCCUGGCCCAGAGGAGACCCCUCCCCCAAUGGACCUUGCCGCUGCCUUCCGAGCUCCUCCUCCUCGGGUUGGCCCCCAGGACCCUACCAAUGGGGUCAGGAGCAAUGGCUUUCCUGCUUAUGCGGCCCACGUAGGGCCACCCCCUUCAAGGACUGACAGCCCAGCUUCUGCAGGCACGAUUGUGGAGCAGAAUCAUCCCGAUGGGGCCCAAGGGCAGCAAGGGGCCAAAGCCAAAUCCAACUCGGAGAAAGGCAGCAGCGUGAGCAGCAAAGAUGGCAAGACAUCUGUAUGGAUAUGA